GUCCGCUCUGCUGUGGACACUGAUAUUUAUUAAAGAGCUCAGGUUUCCUCUUUGUUUCAGAGGAAAUUAGGGGUUGAUUGUGGAGGAUCCAGGGUUCUGGGUUUCACUGUCAGAGGAGGAACAAUACUUAGAUAUGUGAAGGUCGACAUGGAGGUGCUCCUCUAAUAAUAUCAUUAUCUAGUUUGCAGCUAGCUUCAGAUCUGGCCUGAAAAUGGGAAUGAUCUGUGGUAAGGUGCAAAGAAAAGGGACUUUUUAAGCCAGCUUCGUGACGGACAUUCUGUACGAAUGUUUUGGUAGCAGUGCAUCCAUUGAGGGAACUACAGAGAGACACAUGGAGAAGAAAUACCCACUAAUAGCAGGAAGAGAAAAAGGGCCGGGCCCCGGGCGAUACGGGCUCCCUCCCACCAUUGGGUUUAUAGGCCAUGACUUCACCAAGUCCACCAGCCCCGCCUACUCCUUCCAUGGCAGGAUGAGUGACACCAUGUAUUGUGUAGACUCAAGUCCGGGGCCGCAGUACCGCGUCGAUGCCAAAAUCACCCGCUUUGGGAGGGACGGCACGCCUGCUUACUCCAUGCUGGGCCGAUCCAAGGCACAGAAGGAGCUUUUCCAGACACCUGGCCCAGGAGCAUACAGCCCUGAGAAAACCCCCCCAUGCAACCUGCAGCGCAGACCCCCCUCCUACACCAUGGGCUCCCGUACUCACUACCGGAGCGUGGACCCAGUACCGGCUCCGAACAAGUACUGUCUCCCUCCUCUCAUGGGCCCUCAGGUCCCAAACAAGCAGGCGAGCGCAAGCUACACGAUGUCAGGUAGUUACAGCGCAGGGGGGCCGUCAGUGGAUCUAGCCCAGACCCCGGGGCCGUGCAGAUACAACAGCACGGACCCCAGUGUGUAUCUACCCAGACAGCCGGCCUUCUCCAUGCUGGGACGCCACAGCGUACCUAAAGAUGCCACCAAGAAACCCGGACCAGGAACUUAUAAUCCAGAGAAAGUGACGGUUCACAAGGCCCGGGCCCCGGCCUUCUCCCUGGGCGUCAGACACUCAGAGUUUGUUACUCCACUGGUUGUCUAUGUUUCUGACUGAACGUCUUCACAAUGAAAGAAACAUAACGACGUGAUCUGGCAGAAAAAUGAGCAAACAUAUGUGAAGAAGUACAUUUAAUUUUGUUCUUUCAGCAACAAAGAAUGUGUUGAGUCAACCAUGACUCACUUUCAACAUUUAGAAUAUCUAGAAAUAAUAUUAUGUACAUAACAAAUAUAAGUUUACAGAACAGGAAAAACAAAGCUUUUAGGAUAAAAAAGUGGGCUUGAGAAAAAUGAAAUCCUAUGCCUGUAGGAUACUCAGUAAAUAAAGGUAUCAUAACAAAAUGACAUCAGAAAAGAUUCUUUAAAUGUAUUAAAAUAUACAUUUGACAGGCAAACCCCACCUUCAUAUUGUUUAUAAGGUUAUCACUCACAGUGGAAUCAGGUUGCCUCUCAUUACCUCUAAAAAUUGAGGAAGUUGGAAAGGACAAAAACACACAACACAACUAAGGGUUUCUACACAAUACAUUAGAACAUAUGUAGGUGUGUUUGUAGGAGAUGGAUGGUUCAAAUA